AAGCCGCAGUACCGAACGCACUAAAUGUGAAACCAUCUCGUUUCACUACCGACUCCAGCAGAGCGUAGCGUUGUGCGACGCGUCAGCCCGCCGGUGUUUUAACGCAGCCACGCAGCUGGCAAGAUUAGAUUUCGCUGAAGUGCUCGCAGGCAAGCGUCGAAAGCAGUCGAGGGUGUGCUGACGGCGCUUUUGUGCCCGUCAAAGUCUGAGCGCGCUCAUCGCUUCGGCGGCUGGGACACGUAUCUAAGCUUUAUAAUGGAAGAGCCAGCGCGUACGGCGCAAUGCCCACCGGUGGUGAUGCUGGGUGACGUUCAAGAUCAAGACCAAUGCAAGCGCUUGGAGCUGAUCCGCUUGAAGUACCGCGAAACAUUCGGCAAUUAUCCUGAGUUCUACGUCAGGGCGCCUGGACGUGUGAACCUGAUUGGCGAGCACAUUGACUACUGUGGAUAUGCUGUUCUACCCAUGGCAGUCCAACAGGACAUUUUGUUAGCCUGCGGACGCAACAACACAACGUUGUUGCAGCUGGCCAACGUUGAUAAUCGCUACCCAAGCUACUCAGCGCCCAUAGAUGGUCUCAAGAUAGAUGACACUCAACCAUGCUGGCAACAUUAUUUUAUGUGCGGAGUCAAAGCGGCCAUUGAAGACGCAGGAGCCUGUGAACUGGGUGUCUCUCCACCUGGCUUGGAUGUCAUGGUUUAUGGCACUGUCCCACAGUCGGCCGGCUUGUCAAGCUCGAGUGCAUUGGUCUGCGCUGCUGCACUUGCUACACUACAGGCAAACAAGGCUGCCGCCGUACCAAAAGUGAAGCUGGCAUCACUGUGUGCUGCGUCUGAAAGGUAUAUUGGCACUCAAGGAGGUGGAAUGGACCAGGCCAUUGCAUUCCUUGCUGAACCAGGAACUGCGAAGCUCAUUGAGUUCAAUCCACUGAGAACCACAAGCAUAUCUCUACCAGAGGGAGCAACAUUUGUAGUUGCCAACAGCCUUGUGGAAAUGAACAAAGCAUCAACAUCGGAUUUCAAUAUCCGUGUAGUGGAAUGCCACAUCGCCGCACAGGUGAUUGCUAAAGCUCAGGGUCUCGAGUUGAGGAGGAAGCAACUGAAGCUCGGAGAGCUCCAGUCACUGCUGAAGGUUCCCUUGCACGAAAUGGGAACUUUGGCCAAGAGCGUUUUGCAUCCAACAGUCUACACUAGGAGUGAACUUUGUUCACUCUUUGGCAUGGAUGAUGCUCAGUUUGAGAAGUGCUUCCUCGGAAAAAACACCAAGCAUCUGCAAGAGUUUAAGCUGCACCAGCGAGCGGUUCAUGUGUAUGAGGAAGCAAGCCGGGUAUGGCAGUUCAAAGAGGUAUGCGAAGCAAGUCAUGGGACCCUGUCCGAGCAGCUUUCCAAGCUUGGGCAACUGAUGAACGAUAGUCACACAAGUUGCCGUGAUCUGUACGAGUGCAGCCAUCCAGACCUUGAUCUCCUGGUGGAGAUUGCACUGCGAGCUGGUGCACUGGGUUCCCGCCUGACUGGCGCAGGGUGGGGAGGAUGUACCAUUUCCCUGGUGCCUUCGGACAAGCUGGAUGCCUUCUUGAAGGAAGUUGGCACCGAGUUUUAUGGCAAGUUUGGUGACAGCGUAGCGAAAGAUACGGCCAUGUUUGUCACCAAGCCUGGCAGUGGUGCUGCCAUAUUCCUACCCUAGUCACACAUUCUCCAAUACCAAUGGUUGUGAACUUGUGUGUGCUAAAUAGUGUGGAAAAUCAGAAACAGGAUUUUCCAAGCUUGUGGGGAUGACAAUGACCCUUUUAGCUGAUUUGUGUUAGGAAAGCAAAUGAAAAAUCAAAGCAAGCAAACAUUUGCCAUCUGCUCUUCCCACCGUAAUACAGUUGCUCAGGAAGAAAAAAGAUUUGUGAUGCUCUUUUGAGCCUACACCAGUCAUAUUCCUACUUUUUAUUCUGUCCCACAAGCUGCAUUGCAUAGCAGCAUUGUUAUCUUACAUUAUUACUAUUGUUCUAGUAAAUAAUCACAAUGCUAGUCUGGUGCCUUUCCAUUUACCUGGCCAUUGUCAGUGAAUUUUUACAAUGUGCAAUGAGGAUCUUAAGCUGCGUGGUGUUUGCUUUGUACAAGUAAGCAGAGCAAUGCAGCUAGAUUUCAUGCAUUCCAAUGCACCAUCUUGUUAUCAGCAACAAGUUUCUUUUUUUACCAAUAAAGCUGAUUGCCCUUCCAGA